UAGACAGAGGGGAGGGGUGAGCGAACAUAAGAGGUAAAAAAGCGAAUGAGGAGAGCAGCAGCACACCGAUCAGUCACUCUCCGCUGGUGCACCGACUCUGAGAAACACCACCCGGUCAUUAGAUCGCCCGUGAUUCUGCUAUGCGCAUCGGACGAGGAGACGCCACUUGCGCUUCGGUUUUGGACUGGUGUUAAAGCUUUAACUGUGCAUCACUGGACAGGAUGGAGCAUUGGAGACAGUGUGCGUUAUGGCUGAUCAAUUGUAAGGUUUUGCCACCGAACCAUCGGGUGACAUGGGAGUCCGCUCAGGUGUUCGACCUGGCGCAGACCCUGAGGGAUGGGGUCCUCCUGUGCCAGCUCCUCAACAACCUGAGACCCCAGUCCAUCAACCUGAGGGAGAUCAACCUGAGACCUCAGAUGUCACAGUUUCUCUGCUUGAAGAACAUCAGGACAUUUCUGCAUGCCUGCUCAGAGAUAUUCGGCAUGAAGAAGAGCGAGCUGUUCGAGGCUUUCGAUUUGUUUGACGUUCGAGAUUUCGGAAAGGUUAUGGACACGCUGUCCAAACUCUCUCAUACACACAUUGCACAGCAGACUGGAAUAAGGCCGUUUCCCACAGAAGAGAGUGUUGACGAUGAAGACAUUUAUAACCAUCUAGAGGAUCUGAUAGAUGAGAACGGCGUUGAAGAUGAGGAAGAUCUCUAUGACUGUGUGUACGAUGAUGAUGAGGGAGGAGAAGUGUAUGAAGACCUGAUGAAGGUCGAGCUGGUACAACCGCAGAAACAGGCCGAGACGGACAUCCGAAGCUGUUGUCUGAUGGAAAUCAAACAGACCGAGGAGAAAUACACAGAGACGCUGGACUCCAUCGAGAAGUUCUUUAUGAAGCCUUUGGGACAGUCACUGUCCAGUGUGGAGAUCGAAAAAGUGUUUGUCAAUAUACCAGACCUUGUGAAAGUGCACGUGAGUCUCCUGAGGGAAGUCCAGGAUUCAGUGCUCAUGCAUAAUGCCAGCAACCUGUAUCAGAUCUUUAUAAAAUACAAAGAAAGGUUAGUCCUGUAUGGGAAGUACUGCAGUCAAGUAGAAACAGCCAUUGCAUGUUUGGAUGACAUCUGUAAGAACAGAGAGGACGUCAGGCAGAUGUUAGAGUUAUGUUCCAAGCGAGCCAAUAACGGGAAGUUUACUCUGAGAGAUCUGCUGGUGGUCCCGAUGCAGAGAGUUCUCAAGUAUCAUCUGCUUCUACAGGAACUGGUGAAACACACCCAUGAUGCCACAGAAAAGAGUAAUUUACGGCAGGCGCUGGAUGCCAUGAAGGAUCUGGCUCAGUAUGUCAACGAGGUGAAGAGAGACAUCGAGACUCUACGAGACAUCGACCAAUACCAGAAAUCUAUAGAAAACCUUAAUCAGUCUCUCCGUAAUUAUGGGAGACCAAAAGGUGACAGCGAAGUGCGGGUAGCUUCAGUCGACAAACGAGCCAAACAAGACAGGCACAUCUUCCUGUUUGAUUCUGCCGUGAUCGUAUGCAAACGACGAGGAGAUAACUACGAGAUGAAGGAGGUGAUUGACCUCCACUCCUUCAAGAUCACCAACAACCCUACCUCAGAAAGAGAAAACCGAAAGUGGUGCCACGGAUUCUACCUCACACACAACCAGGGUCAGAGCGGCUUUGAGUUCUUCUUUAAAACCAAGGAACUAAAGAAGAAAUGGCUGGAGCAGUUUGGCAUGGCAUUAUCGAACAUCUGUCCAGAGAGCGGGAAAAGUAAUUUCCAUGAGUUCCGCAUGCACACCUUUGAGACGACCACAUCCUGCAGCUCGUGUGAAAUGCUGCUGAGAGGAGUCUUCUAUCAAGGGUACCGCUGCUACAAAUGUGGUGCUGGCGCCCAUAAGGAGUGUCUUGGUAGGGUGAAUGUCUGUGCCAAAAGCAGUGCCGGUGAGCCCCGCAUUCAACACCACAUACUCUUUCUAGUAAUUUCUGUGCAUAGACAUCCAGGUCUACCUAAGAUGCAGGUCAUCCAUAAUUAUUAUGGGGUUCCGAGCCCCCUGUGCGGCCCACCGCUUAACAUCCAAGUUGGUGAUGUCAUUGAGGUGAUAGAGGCAAACAUCCGUAGCUGUUGGUGGAAGGGUAAAGUCCUGGCAACUAAGGAGGUUGGCUUCUUUCCAAGCAACGCAGUGAAGCCUUGCCCAUGUGUACCAAAACCUGUUGACUACUCUUCUCAGCCUUGGUUCGCAGGCCCAAUGGAGAGGGUUCAGGCAGAGGCCACGCUGCUCAACAGGAGGAGCAGCACGUACCUGGUCCGUCACAGAAGCCGAGAGUUUAACGAAUAUGCCAUAAGCAUCAAGUACAACAACGACGUGAAACACAUCAAGAUCUUAACAAAGGACGGACUCUACCACAUUGCAGAAAUCAGGAAGUUCAGAAGCAUUUUAGAGCUGAUCGAGUAUUACAAACAUCACUCUCUGCGGGAAGGAUUCAGGACACUUGAUACCACGCUGCUGUUCGCCUACCGAGAGCCGGAGAAUGGAGCCAACACCCCGCUGCUCUGCGGGCUGUCUUUUCUAACUCCCGCGGGCUACAGCUUUGUCCCCCCCUCUUCCGCCCCAUUCUGGUCAGGUACAGUGUUCACUCCUAAGGUGAUGGGUGUGGCGAUUGCCCGCUACGACUUCAGCUCUCGGGACACGCGGGAACUGACUCUUCAGGAGGGCGAUGUGGUGAAGAUCUACAGCAAAACUGGAGCCAAUGGCUGGUGGAGGGGUGAAGUUAAUGGACGGGUGGGCUGGUUCCCCUCCACAUACGUAGAAGAAGGCGAGGAGUGAACGGCUCAGAGAAAAGAAACGGGGUGAAAAAAGCAGACGGAUUGAUUCAGAAAAAGGGCAAGCAAUUGUCUGGUGCUCUCGCUCUCUCUGUGUCUUGUUUGUCUUAUCCUGGAGGACGUGCAUGGUGUUUGAUAGAUGAAGGACUGUCUCUCAGGGAGCAGAUUAUCAAACACAACCCCAGACCAAGACCCUUCCGGGCGCCUGGAUGGAGCGUCGUGGGUAAAUCCGGGCCUGAGAUGGAAUGCACGGAAUCAGACUGAGGUGACGCCGUGAGCUAGUUCUGUCUGUGCGUGUGGCAGUUUGUCUGCUCAUGGGGAAACAUGCUUGUCCUGACCUUGCCUGAGUCCUCCUUACCUGCACUAUUAUUGAUGACGCCCCCUUCCCCGUGUCUGCACUGCCCCGGAGGUGUUCUCACACACGGCCCACAAUCCCACCCAGCUAUUCAUCUCCGAUUAAGAUCAUAGCUCCCUGCCGUGUAAGCUGCGGUAAUUGAUUGCUGUCUCUUCCCCGUUUCUAUCCAACAAAAAUCUCUUAUUGUCAGAUUUCCACCUGAAAGGAAGGACUGGUUGUUUUGUGCGUCGCUUGCUUAUCUCCAGAGAUAUAUUGUGGGCUUGUCAUGCCCUGUUUAUCAGAUUUGCACGGUACUGCGUCGUCGGAGACACGCAGCAAGAUGUUGACAGGAAACAAAAGGGGUGGCAGUGACAGGCCUGUAAACAGCUUUUUCAGCAGGGGCCCACAGCCCCUAAAGCAUUGUGUCACACCAUCCAAAAAGGAUCUUGCUAGAUAGCGUCGACAGUGCCUUCUCAUUCAACUAAUGAGUGGGAUUUAAAACCAACUGAAAAACAAUAAGCAAUUCAAUUCUGCUUGAGUGGAUCAGAAACCUUAAAUGUGUCUCUGAUGAUGUGCAAACUAGUGGUUGACCGAUAUCGAAAUUGCAGGGUGACCAAUGUAAUAUUAUGAUAUUACAUAUAAAAAUGUAAGAUAUUGAUCAUUAAAAUGAAUUUUUUUUUUUUUAAAUUCAAAAUCCACUUAAAUUAAGGGAAACUGACACAAGAGGAACAUACAAUUUAUGUUAUUCCAAAGGAUGCUGUUAUUUGACAUUAUCAGUCGAUAAGUCAGUCCCUCCAGAAGAACGCGAUUAUGCGAUCGCCUGAUUUAAUGCAUAAUCAGCCAAAGGUCGCAUAUUUAUUCUGGUUCGCAUUUUCUCAGAUACGCCGCUCUUUUGCCACAUAAAUUGCCGAUUUCAUAAAGCAAAAUAUUCGGGGCUAGCAUGAUUUCAUAAUCCCUGUAUUUUCGUUGCAAAAGACUCACAUAUAUAUUAGCAGAAAGUUGAAAAAUAUUGCCAUGGGAACCUUAUGAAGUGACAUAAUUACGUGAUGUGAACAUCAUCUGCAAACCCCACGGUGAAACCAGGGUGAAACUUCUUAUUUGCUAACAAAAAUAAGCGCAAAAGAACUCGCGAAGCAGUUUUCCGAUUUGUUACAUGACAGUGGAGCCAAAUUAUAUCUCGAGAACUUGCGAAAACUGCGGUUUGAUGAAAUAGAGAAAAAAAGGUGAUUCCCCCAACACCCCCUUCUCACUGUUGUAGUUUCAUUCAGAAGUUGAUGCAACUUUACAGUUGUAAGAUUGCACUUUUUUGUUACAGAACAGUACCAAAAAAAUACAGUUGUAAUUAUAUUAGUAGUAUGUAAAAUAAUUUACGUUGCAGUAAGAGAUUGCAACUUAAAUAUUCUGUGAUUUAGUAUGCUCGCUUAUCAUAGGAAGUAAUAAGAAAUUACUCUGUACAUUAAGGUGGUAGCCUAGUGAGAAAAAGGUGUUGGGGGAAUCACCUUUUUUUCUCUUUUUCAUCAAACCGCAGUUUUUGCAAGUUCACGCAAUUUCAUCGCAUAAAAUUUCAAAAAUAUCCCGCAUAUUCCAUCGUAUUUUUUAAGAAAACGUGCCGCAAAAUCAAGGAUUUUUGCCCGCAACAAUCACAAACAAAAUCCUUGUUUUUCUGGAGGGACUGAUAAGUUCACCACUAGUGUGCACUGACAAAAUGAUUGGCCAAGUGUCCAAAAGAGAUGUCUUCCCUGCAUCUAAAUAUGAAAAUAAAAUAAAAAUGCUUCUAAUAUGGCAUUGUUCUGUGCUGUUGGGUGGGAUUUGGCUGUGUUAUCCUGCUUCAUUCCCUUUCGGCACUCAUUCUUACAAGAUGUCCCAGUGCUGUAAUGCACAAGGUGGAGGUUAUACCUGUUUGCAACUAUAUGUAGAUCUGUGUGCAAUCUGAACUGGCUCUAAACUGUGAAGAAAUGAAGUUUUCAGCGUGUAUAGACUGUGUUGAGGUGACAGACUUUAUAAUCGGAGAGGUCAAAUCAGGAAACAGUCAAGGGGCUGAUUUGUCUCAAACGGUUAGAUAAAAGUGCACUCACAAAGGAAUAUUUAUUUAUUUGUGAUCUGAGAAGAGACUUUGACAGGAAAAGACAUUCACAGGAUUACUAACAAAUGACUGAAAAGCUUCAAGAACAGAAAUACACUCCUAUGUGCCUAUAAAGCAGUCCAAUGUAAAGCAUCUCCAUUUAUAACUGGCUGUUCUUAUGCUGUUAUGCUUGACUGAACAUAAACAUGGGUCUUUUUAUCAUUUUACUUUUUUUGACAUUCCAAAGAGCUAUAUAUAAUGUAUUGUAAAAUCUUCAGUUGUUAUUUGAGCAAGUAUUGUUUUUUAUUCUUUCUUAAUUUCCGUAAAAUGAAAAAAAUAUAUGUAAAGUUAUAUUAAAUAUUUAUUGAUGUAUAGGUCUUUAUCUGUUAUAAUGUAUUUCUAAUGUGAAUAAGGUAUUGACCAGACGUCUCAUUGUGUGAUAUCUCUCUCUCAAUGUAGCACAGUGUAACACCACUAAGUGGCAGCAGCAUUACCAGGUGCUCUUCUCAUCAUUCUCAUCCUCAUUUUAUGAGCUUACAGUUCCUUUUCCCUCCUCAUUAAUAUUAUUUUGAGGAGCAAAUAGUUUUAUGGUUUAUGGUUUUAGUUUUACUCAUAAUAACCCUGCUCAAAAUACAAAAUAAAUCGUUCAGUCAACAUUCAACUUUUUAUGCUCAAUACUAUGUUUUACUCCACGAUGCAUUAAUUAACAUUUAGCAAUUCUGUGCUGAAAGUUUGAUUUAAAGGCAGCAUUAGGCCCAAUGAUAUUGAAAGAUUCAGUAUUUUCCUGUGAUGCCGUAUCAGUUCUUUCCUCUCUGAGAGGAAGCACUGUUAUAUCACAGAGGAUUCAAGUAGAUUAACUUCUCAUUAGGAAAAUCACAUUUACCAGCUGAUUAUGACACAGCCAGAAAUCGCCUCUACCUCUCCCUCUCUUUAUUUAUCAAGGUUUAAAGGUCUGUUUUAGCAUUUGCUGUUUUAUUUUUUUGGGGGGUGGGGGGGGGGGGGGUGGGGGGGGUUGUCAUUGACUGAAAGAGGAUUUUUGGUCUGGCACCGAAAUCUGGGGCGAAAUCCAUGCCCAAGGCAGAUUAUGGUCUUCUGGGUGCACAGUUCCCUAUACUCUAACUGCGAGCAGUAGAAUUGGUUUUCUAAGCUUUUUUCACCAGUAAUCUGUUCCCACUCCUCUCUCACCAGAGAUGAACCCUGACAGGACGGAUUUAACAGGCUUCCACACAUUAUUAUAUAUUUAUAUACGGCAGAGUCUGUUUCAGCACAGAGUUGUGGGUCACUAAUCACCCGGCGAUCUCUAACCUCGAAAGGAACGGAUUUCUGCCUCUAUAGUUCCUCUCUCACAAUGUUUUCUCCACUCACACCUUCAUAAUCAUAUUCUCCGCUCUUUGUCUAGAUGUCUUUCAAACUGUUUUGUAUUGCUGAGGGCAUCCUAUGGGCAUACAACUGUCAACAAAUAGUUGCAGUGUUGAGAGUCACUAAAUGUCUCAUGCCUAAACAAAGUUCAAUUUUGGGGCUAUUAAUUGAGCAAAAAGCCAUAUUUAUGUAAGCAGCAUUGAGUAGCUGGUACUCUGAGGGGAUCAUGGGUAAUGAUCGGUUGUCCACUCAAGCCAAAGAAAAGUCCGGCCGCCAUGGAAAAAGGCUGCAGUGGCCUAACCUGUAGCAGUGCAAUCUGCGUGUUCUGCAGCGCCACCUAGCUGCUGUAUCACACUUCAACUGUAAACGUGUACAUAAAGUUACAAUAAAAUAUAUAUUGCUUCUUUUUCCAAA